AUGUCUGAUGUGGAAAGUUUGGGAAUCGACGUGCAUGUGAUCCUGUAUUUUCUAAGGCAUGGUUUCAGGCAAUACUUGAUAUACUUUCAACAAGAUUUGAAAGAAGGAUCUAGUCUUAUUUCAAUUGGAUCACACGAUCCAGCAUUUGUAAACUCAUCAUUAAGUCAAGUUAUUCAACAAUUAAAUAAUGUUGGCCUCAUUAUUAAUUCUGAUACAGGAGAAAAUCAUCUCACGUUAAUGUUAGAUAGAUGGGUAAUCAAUGCAACAGUAAAAAAGAUAGGAAGUAUAUUAACUGGAGAGAAUAUAAACUCAUUUGAAUUCCCAAACGUUCAAACAGCAGAUUUAAUUGCAAAAGUAUUACGAAAUAAGGAGUUAGAAUCAGAUACACCUGAAUGGGAUCGAGUUUAUUUUAAAGUAUUCCGAAUGUUCAAUUUAAUUUUAGAAAAAUAUCCUGAGCUUCAAUUAAUCAACAACAGCCCAAAUUUAAACAUUGCAUUAUAUUGCUCAAAUUACAUUGAUCGAAUUGCAGGUCUCAUAAAUGGGGAUUUUCAUGAUUCUUUUGUCGCGGUUAGCAAAAUAUUAAGAAAUGGGUAUGAAGGAGAAAUACCGUUAUUAUCAUUUGUAAAAAAUUUCAACUCAACAUUUUUAACCACUAUACAAUCAUUAAUAUCGGGUCUGCACAACAAAGAAAAAAUACUAAAUUCUCAAAAAUUUAAUGAAUUGAGAGAAAAAGGAAAUAACUUGAUGUCAUUUCAAUCUUUCGGUCAAGCUAUAAAGGUAUACACUGAAGCUUUAACUGUUACUCCAGAAAAUUAUACUGAGGAAGAUGCUCAAAUACUCACGAAUAGAGCAAUUGCAUUUAUAGGGCUUAAUUGUGUUCCAGAAGCUAUCGAUGAUUUAAAUGCGGCAAUUUUAGUCAAUAAAGCUUUUACACCUGCAUGGACUCAAUUGGGUUAUUGUCAUUUGUAUAUGGGCAGUGGUUUAAUGGCAUUACAAUGUUAUUUGAUUGCUCUUAAAUGUGCAACGGGAUAUAUACUUCCUCCAAAAUUCCCAAGUCAUGAUACUAAAACAGCUGAUGAAUAUAGGGAAGUGACACAACAAACUGUUUUACCACAAUUCAUUGAAAGAUUGAGUGCAGCAAUUGCCUUAACAGAAAAAAGAGCUUAUCAGCAAAGAGUUAAUGAGCUCAAGAUUAAAACCAUUGUCAGUGAAGUUCGAAAAAUUUUAGCUCAUUUAAGAGCAAAUUGUCCUGAAGGAGAUAGAGAUUAUUUUACAUAUUUGCCAGUUUAUCGAGAUUCUACCUUGAGGAAUCUUUCAGAAAGAGCUAAUGCAAGUAGACCUAAUAUAUUAACUCCUGAAGUUAGUCAGAAUAUGUUGGCUCGAAAUGGUAUGGAAACAGCUACAAUAACACAAAUAGAUACUAUUCCCCAUACGAAUGAUGCUCCCAGAGCCACAACAGCAACAACUACAGUAGAUGUCACAGCAAAUACUAAUACUGAGAAUGAAUCCAGAACUAAUGUUGUCACUGGUACUGAUGGUAAUGGAAAUCCGAUAGAUGAUAUAAGAGAAUUUAUUAAUAGAUAUGCUUUUGACAAUAGAGGUAACGAAGGUACCAGUUCCAAUAAUAAUAAUUCAACAAAUAUUGGACCUAACAGGACAUCACAAGACGAAACAGGAGGAUCAAACAACUCACGUACAACUGAAACUCAACAAAAUCCAAAUCCAAAUCCAAAUCAACGUCAAAAUCUACCCAAUGAACCUACCAAUAUUACGAGUAUGAUACCGGAAGCAAUCCUCCAAGGUUUAGGAAAUGUAUUAGGUCCAACUUUUUCAAAUACUUUUGAUCGUAUUAGGAAUUCAGGAGGUGGUUCUACUACUGCUGUAUUUGUCAAUGGAGUGGAUGUGUCACAAAAUCCGAAUCAAAAUGCUAAUCAAAACAUCAACCACAAUCGAAGCCAGAGCCAAAACCAGCCUUCAGGCGCUCAAACGAACCCAAGUACUACACAACCUUCAACAAAUCUUGAAACGACAAGCAAUCAAAAUCACUCUGAUCAUGAAACGACAAACAAUCAAAGUCAAUCAGAUCAAGAUGUUGAUAUUCAAGAUUUAGACUAA